UUCAUACACAUGGCUAUUGAUAGAAUGAGAGAACUACUAAAAUGAGUCUUAAGCCCCAAAAAGUGAAAGAACAAAUAAAACCAAAAAGUUAUGUCUAGUGAACAAUCUCAUGUUAUCUUUUGGCUGUUUCUGAAUCAAAAUAAAAAUAAAAAUUACAGACAUAUCAAAUGUUGAAGCAUGAUCAUAAUUAAUAGCAAUUAAAAUUUAAAUGAGCUCGUUAUCAAAAGGUUUCAUGAAAGGAAAUUAAGUUCUUGUCUUCGUUCCAUCAAGAAAAAAGAAUUUACUAUAAAGAUGCACAAGUAAUAUUGUUAAUUUUGAAUUUUGUUUUCCAAAUGCUUUCUUCUCUCUAAAUGGCUCUACUGUAAGUUGCUAAUCGUUCCAGAUUUUCACUUUCCCAACACCCAAUUUCUUAGCCGUCUCCAAUCUGAAGCGGCUGAUUCAGUUGCAGCCAUGUUUGUUUGCAUAUGCUUUAUAUGAGGUUUUGUAAACUUCUAAGGGAUACAACCCCAUAUCUACAGCUCACUGAGGACCCUCGACGCCACUGAGCUACUCAUGCUCCGGCCCGUUGGCGUCGCGAAGGAAGCGACAUGGCCACGACGCCAGCAAAGAAGCUUUCUCUCUUCCCUCUUGUCUCUCUUCUCUGCUUCAUCUCCAUCUUCUUCGUUCUCUCCUUCUCUAGAAACGCCUCUGUCCCCUCCCUACUCCUCAACCGUCCUCGCGAAAUUUUCCGCCCCAAAUCCGACAGUCACGUUGCUGGAUCCGAUCUGAAUGAGGAUCCCGCGGGCUCAUGCGACCUCUCGGAUGGUUCGUGGAUCUAUGACCCGGUCACUGGAUCCCAGAGGUACGAUGGUAGCUGUAAGGAGAUAUUCAAAGGAUGGAACUGCGUUUUGAAUAAUAAAUCUAACGCACUAGAGAUCGCGAAAUGGCGCUGGAAGCCUAAGGGCUGCCGUCUUCCGCCGUUGGAUCCCCUGAAGUUUCUACAGACUUACAGAGAUAUCAGCAUUGGAUUUGUUGGUGAUUCCUUAAACAGGAAUAUGUUUGUUUCUCUGUUCUGCAGUCUGAGACAUGCUUCAGAUCAACUGAAGAAGUGGCGCCCGCCCGGGGCAGAUCGUGGUUUUACAUUUCUUCAGUACAAUCUUACCAUUGCAUAUCAUCGAACAAAUCUUCUGGCACGAUAUGGUAGGUGGUCAGCCAAUGCUGAUGGUGGUAAGCUGGAAGCUCUAGGAUAUAGAGAGGGUUAUAGAGUUGAUGUUGACAUUCCAGAAAGCACCUGGGCAAAGGCUCCAAGUUUCCAUGAUAUACUUAUCAUAAACACAGGACACUGGUGGUGGGCUCCUUCAAAAUUUGACCCAGUAAAGUCACCCAUGCUUUUCUUUGAAAAUGGUCAGCCUGUGAUCCCUCCUAUACCCCCUGACGCUGGCCUUGAUAAGGUCUUAAACCACAUGAUACUAUUUAUGGGGAAAACUGUGCGAUCAGGUGCAAUCAAGUUUUUCCGAACCCAAUCACCCAGACAUUUUGAGGGAGGUGACUGGGACCAAGGUGGUUCUUGUCAGCGGCUGCAGCCUUUAUUACCGAAUCAGUGUCAUUUAUGUCAUAAAUUUCCAGCUGCAAUAUUGCUUUGA